AUGUUCAUUAUCUGCAAUGUCCUUCUAGCUAUUAUAAUAUUUUAUUCUACUAUCUUCAAUAGCAUUGACGAUGCCGCCGACAACUAUAAUGAGUGGCUGGAAUAUAAUGUAUCAAAAUCAAAGAUUGAAGAUCUAGUUGCUACUGAAUCCAUUAUGGAAACUGAAUCACACGAAACAAAAAAUGUGGUUAUUGAUACAGAAGAAGAGGAAAACUCUCUUAUGAUAACUGAUGAAGAUCAAGAGCUGGAGGAAUUUAACAAGAAAUGUGAGGAUUUUAUCAAAAAGAUGAAAGCAUCAUUCUGUUAUGAGACAAGAGCUUAUUACUCUGAUUAUUAUCAGAAAUCUCUUGUUAUUGUUAAUUAA